AUGGAGGACACAGAUCGCCGGCGGCCCUGGUCGCCCGACAGUUGGAGCGGCAAGGAAGACAUAACCGCCUACCUCCCGCACCAGCCCAAGUCGCUCUCGGGCAUCGCCCUGCGCUCCUUCUGCCUGGGCAUCACCUUCACCGUCGGCCUCCUCAGCACCCUCGCCAUCGUCCUGUCGGGCACCGCCUCCGCGCUCUGGCGCCUCCCCUUCCUGCUCACCGCCCUCUCCCUCUUCCACUUCCUCGAGUUCUGGACCACGGCCGCCUACAACACCCGCGCCGCCGAAGUCUCGUCCUUCCUGCUCACCUCCAACCACCCGGGCUGGGCCAUCGCCAACGCGGCCGCCCUGCUCGAGUGCGCCGUCGCCAACCUGCUCUGGCCCGGCACCCGCUGGGUCCCGCUGCGCGGCUUGGGCCCGUACCUGACGGCGGCCGGCCUGGCGACGGUCGCGGUCGGGCAGGCUGUACGCAGUGUCGCCAUGAUCCACGCCGGCCAGAGCUUCAAUCACACGGUGCAGUACCGCCGGCGAUCGGGGCAUGUGCUGGUCACGACGGGCGUGUAUUCGUACGUGCGGCACCCGAGCUACGUGGGCUUCUUUUGGUGGGCGCUCGGCGUGCAGGUCGUCAUGGGCAACGUGGUGGGGUUCGCCGCGUUUGCGUGGGUGCUGUGGAGGUUCUUCAGUGGGCGCAUCAGGCGCGAGGAGGAAGCUCUUGUUUCGUUCUUUGGGCGGGAGUAUGAGGAGUAUCGGAGGGGGGUGCCGGCCGGGAUUCCGUUAGUUCCGUAA